CCUAGCCCAACCUCUUACAUUUUUCUCCAUAUCGCCAUCUCUAUUCUCAUCCUUUGUUUUUUUUUUUUUUUUUUGGUUUCUUCUUUAUUUAAUCUUUCUUUUCUCUAAGCUUCUAGUCUACUACUCUAAGGUAUGCCUUUGUCCUUUCAUUUUUAAGGCAAAGUACCUUACAAAUACUAGGUUUGAGAUUCAUUUUUUUCACCUUUACGGAGAAAAAUCUGUUGUGGGUAUAGAGGAAUUUUCCUUCUUUUUUCUUGCCCUUUCUAUUGUAUUGUUUUUCUUUUGAGGCUACAAAAACCAUGAAGGAAAGUGGGAGAAAACAAGGUGCUCCUUCACCUUGUGCAGCAUGCAAAUUGCUUAGACGAAGGUGUGCUCAAGAUUGUGUUUUUGCCCCUUAUUUCCCAGCUGAUGAGCCUCAGAAGUUUGCUAAUGUUCACAAGGUCUUUGGUGCUAGCAACGUCAACAAGAUGUUACAGGAGUUGCCUAUGCACCAAAGAGGAGAUGCGGUUAAAAGCAUGGUGUAUGAAGCAAAUGCAAGAGUUCGUGACCCAGUUUAUGGAUGUGCUGGGGCUAUAUCAUCUCUACACCAACAAAUUGAGGUGCUUCAAGCUCAAUUGGCAUUGGCACAGGCAGAAGUGGUUCAUCUUAGGGUUCGGCAAACUGCAUCCAUGUCGAACCAUGUGUUAAGCCCGACUAGUCCAAGCAAUAGUGGAUCACCAUCGUCGUCGAAAUUCAUUGGUUCACAGGCCAAGCCCAUUUUUGAUAUGGAUAUGGCAGUGGAUCACACCGGCUUUGCCGAGUCAAUGUGGUCAUGCUAGUUUAAAUCAUAUAUUUUAAGUCUACUAUAUAUAUAUAUAUAUAUAUAUAGUCUACAUAAAAAGUGGGGAGAAAAAAAUGUCUACUAUAUGUAGAGUACUUAAUUUUUGUCCAAUUUAUAUUAAUACUUAUAUCUUAGUAUAUGUUAAUGAGGCCGUAGAGUGGCGGCGAUGAUGGCGGCUGCAAUGUAGAAGCGGUGGUGGAGGCCAUUCGCCCGCUUUAGUUAAAAAAAUAUUUGUCUGCUAUUGUUAUUAUUCAGAAUUAAUGUAAAUAUCAUCCUGACUAUUUUAUAAAGUGAGGAAUUAUAGAGUAAAUUUAGCA